AUGUCCCUCAUCAACGAAAUCCACGACUCUCUACCUUACAUCGACGCCGAGCCCUCAGCCGUCGCGCGCCAAAAAGCUCAACAGCUCAUCAACGCCGAGCUCGCCCCAGAACACUCAUCAAUCCUCCACCCGUCCAUCCCCGCCAGUCCAGAAUCAAAAUUCUCCCCUUUCAUCCAACAAGAGCUCGAGCGCAAAGCCACGGCCCCGGAACCCCCAACCCGGACCUCCGACACUGAUGCCCCCGAUCUACCCGAGUGGCAGGAGACCCUCCUGAAGGCAUGCACAUCCAGCUCGCACUUGGCCAAGCGACACGAGAACCUCGCGCUGCUGGAAGAACACGGCAAGAACGCGUGGCUGAUCGGUAACGCGCAAUUGGAGGAGGUCCUGCGUGGGCUGGAGAAGGAGCUGGCAGAGACUAAGAGUGCCUCGGAGGAUGUCAACAAGCAGCGCAAGAUUGCGCAGGAUGCAAGCUUUGGCGAGCUGGCUAGUCUCGAGGAGACGUGGAAACGUGGUGUUGGCGCGGUGUUGGACGUCGAGUUGGCCUCGGAGGGCUUGCGGAUGCAGAUUCUGGAGCAAAGGCGGUUGGCGGCGCAGCAGCAGGCGCGGUAA